AUGCGGUACUUCGAGUUCUGGACUUCGGACAUAUGGCCUGCGAUCAAGGACGACUACGAGCGUCUGCUGUUGGAACGGCCAGCCAAACAAGAGGAAGCCACGGGGACACACUACGGCAAGAAGGUGUUCGAAUGUUUGGCCACCAAAGGAGAGGUCCGCAACGUGUCUUGCAACCUGUGCUGGACAAACCCAUCUGCAAAUUCAGCUCUGCAGCAGGACAUAGCCUUGGAGCUGGUGGAGAACUUCGCCGCAGAUAUGUACCUCGUCGCGACCGCGCACGACGCCUCGCAGAGCACCUCUGCUGGGGCUGGUGGUAUUGGCAACGACGCCACUGAGGGCGCGGCGGCGAUUGCCUCUGCGGCGACGGUGCGCGAUAUGGCCCUGAAAGACCAACGGACUUGGAAAGUGCCCGCCCGAGAGCUGAUCAUGGAAGCCUCGCUGAACUUCCCGUUGGAAACAGAGCGGCUGCGGGACCAUUUCGGCAUGGACGGUAAAAAUCUAAUGAUGGUAUGUGCCAAAGUGAGGGAGUUACUGCAAGACAAGAAAAUCGGCAAAUCUUUACCUUCCGCAGAAGAGGUGCAUCAAUGGAUGACGUCCGGGGGGCGCGUCAACUGGGGAAUGUUCCGUGUCCCGAGCGUGAAGGUUGUGAGCACUUUGCUGAAAUGCGCCGAGGUCCUCUCCAAGAACUCCGAGGCCUGCUGUAUCGUCGACAGAGCCCGGGCGCACUUCGGUCGCGAUAAUCUUUUCGACUGGCCCACGAAGAUUCUCACGCUGGUGCGUCAGUGCGACACGCACUCCGGCCUCGCCUUCGCGUGCAGGUGGCUGUUCGCGCAUAUGCUGCGGACCAAGCAGAAGAACCCGUUCUCGGACUCUCAACUUGAUGGCAAAGGCGGGAUUGUGGCGCAGUGCCUGUGGAUCGGACGUUACGCGGUCCACCUGCAGAAGACUUUCCCCGACGCGCUCCGGAAGCCCAUUGAUGAUCUUGCCCCGACUGAGGCAGCUGACGGUACAGCGGCUGUUGCAGCUGCUGGUGCGCGGCCGCCGCCGUCGGCCUGGGACACGGCGCGCGCGUGCCUCGGCGACCCGAUGGCAAUGCACGAGCUCCUGGAGGGCCCGAACAGGCGGAGGACGUGGUUGCAGGCGCUGCCGCGCGAGACCACGCGAAUGCUCAUGUCGCACGCGCUGGACGUGUUUUCCGGCCUGUACGCCCCCGAAAUCAAAGGCGCAUUGUCCGCGAUCACUGCGGGUAAGUACACGGCGGAGAAGUUCUGGGAGGCCGACCGCGUCAAGAAGCGGUUCCACGCUGAAUUCAUCGUAGCCUACAAAAAGGCAGCGCCGAAGACAGUCUCCAGCGAUAUGGCGGACCCCGAGGCGCCCCCGUCGGCGACCUCGGCUGGGUCAGCUGAGGCAGCGGUGAAGCACGCCGAAGGCACUGCCCCUGACGCGCAGGCGGCUUUCAAGGCGCAGAUCGAGGCGCAUUGCCAGCGGGAGAUGGAGGCGCGGAUGGUCAUUCUGACGUCGGACGGGCGCCACGACGAGCUGUGUGCCAGCGUGGUCUCCACGGAAUUGCACGCGAACCUGGAGAGCGGCGACGGCCGGUUCGUGGCCGUGUACGAUCCCAAAAACGCCAAGUUGUGCAACAUUUUCGAGGGCGAGUGCCUAACCCAGCGAGAACCACCAGUUGACGAGGGCGAUUUUAAACGGUUCUGCGACGUGACUGACAAUGUGAUGAAGCGGAAUCAGGAUAUAUGCUGGGUGUUCGGUGGCAGGGUGGACACGAACGAGGCGAAGAUCAAGAAGGUAUUCAAGGAGAAAGGGUGGAAGGUGAAAGAGUUUAUCCUCGUCUACGAAAGCAGGCUGAUGGAGCGAUACUAUUGGACAGUUUGCCGUGGCGUCGCUAAUUCGAAGACCACGGAGAAGUUGUUCCUUUGCUGGAAGGGGAAGAUGCCCCCGAAGAUCCCGCAGGAGCGGUGGUACGUGGACCGCGGUUCGCGCAUGUACGUCGAGGUCAUGAGCAAGGUGCCCGUCUGCGCCCCAAAAGAUCUUACUUUCGUCAGUAAGGACGUCCGCGAUGUCAGCCUGAGGUCAAUGAUGGCGCCGCCCGACGAGUCUGCGUCCGCGGCUGACGCGGCUGCGGAUGGGGCGCUCGGGGAGCGCAACGCAGAGGGGCCGACCCAGAAGAAGAUCGCCAUUCACGCGAGGAAGCGGCGUCUCUACAGGCACCUGACUGGCACCGAGGAGGUUUGGUUCCCGUUCGAUUUCCACGGCGCCGUCAUCAAGGAGCUCAUCUGGGAAGCUGGCGGUUCUGACGCGGUGAAGUGGGUAUUGUUCGGCACCCCGGCGUCGGGCAAUGGAGUGCUCGGCGCCCUGGAAAUGGGGUGCAGCGUCAUUGCGCUGACGGCGGACGAACACCAUAAGACGCAUUUCCUGAAGACGACGCGGGAGAAAGCCGUGGAGAGCGCUCUGACGGGCCAGGCGUCGGCGUUCUGCAACCGCGCCUUGUACUUGCAGGCCCAGGCGCUGCGAAUCGUGAAGGACGGUCGGGACGGAGCCGAAGACGAGGGGAAAGAUAAGGGCGCG